CUAUAAUGUCAUCCGAAGAUCUUGGGAUAAGUAAUUUUCCGAAAUCUCCAAGAUUUUUCAAUCAUGGAACUAAUCUACCGGAUCUUAAAAACUACAAACAAACCAAAGACAAUAAACUAGUGAUAUUUAAUAAUCAAACUUCCAACUUGAAUCAUCAUCCUUUUAACUCAACUCAACAGAAGACCAAAGCAGUAUUCCCGGUUGAUUUUUUCCAUCUUCAAAACAGAAUCAUUGUGACUGAUAUUGCUGCUGAUGGGAAAGGAGUUGAGAAGGAAGAUGAAAAGGAGGAUGAAAAGGAAGAGGAGAAGGAAGAUGAGAAAGAAGAUGAGAAAGAAGAUGAGAAAGAAGAUGAAAUACCCGCAUUGAAGUUAGACCCAGAUGACUGCAAUGAUCCAAUAAAGAUCAUUGAAUCUUUCAAAGAAUUGGGUCAAAAGCAUGGGGCAAUAAAAUUAAUUCUCCCUGAAAACCUUGAAAAUCUAUUUCGUUAUAGUUUUCAGUUGAAUCCUGACUUUUUCAUGUUUCAAUCAAAUAAGCUUUUGAAUAAUCCUGGUCAUAAUGAGCUUGAAAAUAGAUUACUAUUUCACCAUGAACUUAUAAAAUUUCAUAUUCAAAACUUAAAGAAACAAAAAGAUAGAAAUAAACCAGAAACUGAUCAAAACGUACCUGCAAUUAACCAAAAUGGUAGCUUCUUACCUACGUAUCCAAUAUCGCAGUCUAAUGGAAACCUGCCUUUCCAAUCAAUCAUGUCUCCAGAAAGUACUCAAAUCAAUGGCUCACCAUCUUUUCAAGCAUCAGAGGCUUCCCCACAAGCUUUCAAAGAAUCAGACCCCAAGUCUGCAAAAAAUAAGCUUCCUCCGUUCUUGAAUAAACUACCAAUGAUUGACAAAAGACCAAUCGACCUUUACAGACUAUUUAGGUCUGUAGUUAUGAGAGGUGGCUACGCCGAAGUCGUUAAUAGAAAGUUAUGGGCCCAAAUCGGUAGAGAACUUGGUUACAAAGGUAAAAUCAUGACAAGUUUAAGUAGUUCUUUGAAAGCUUCAUAUUUUAGAAUCUUAUACCCUUUUGAAUGUCUGUUGGGCGAUGCAAAAUUUGGUUUGGCCGGGAUCCAAGAACCUAAAUCGGACACUAUACAAAAUGACAGCUUUAAUACAAAUGGUAAGCGUCUAUUGAAUGAAGAAAACAGCGAAACUCAUAAAUCCAAAAAAGCGAAACUUGAAAACAUCCCUUUGAUCCUAGGCUCCUCGAAAGAUUUCAAAAGAUCUAUUAAAUUGAAAUCAUCGAAAGGUAUUCUUUUAAAUAGCCCUCAUUUAAUUGAUGUCAAACAACCUAAUGUAUUUUCUUUCAAGAACAUAGAUGAAAAGCCUAUAGAAGACUCCAAAAAACCAGACAGUCGAAGAAAAGACCCGGAAGAACGUGUACAAUGUCCUAUAACCCCUCAGUCUCAGGUUAACCAUUUACUCAAGUCAUACUUGGAAAAUCAGUCUUGGUAUCAAGAUAAGUCGAGAUUAGAGUCAAAUGGAAAGCAAGGUUCAAACUACUCAUUAAGACAAUUCAUGGAAAAAGAUACGAAGUUUCAAGAAUUCCUACUAACACGCCAUAAAUCGUCCUUCGCUAAAAAUCCAAAUUUAUAUCAACGUACUUCUCAUAAUAAUACUCAUCAAAAUGGUAACUCACAUCAUCAUUUACAUGCCAGUAAUAACCAACACCAAUAUCAUCACCACCAACAACAUGGUAAUUCUCAUAAACAUAGUUCUCAUGAUUCUGCAGAGUCUUCCAUUCUAGAAAGGAAUGCGAUUGAUAUCAAAACUUUCGAAAAACUAUACUGGAAUUCAGUUUCAAGUAAGCAUAAGAUGGCUAAUUUGUCUGAUCUAUUGUCAAAUGAUGGAUUAGAAUUGGAAAAUGGAGUUGGAUUAACAAGCUUAAUCAAUGGGUCUGGAUUUGCUAAAAUUGGUGAUGACUUUCUUAACUAUAAAAACCAACUCACAACCUAUAGCUAUACCCAAACACAUAGUGUCUACAGUUUAGUGGGAAGUAUAAAUAAUUACGCUUCAAUAAAUCAGUCACCUCAACCAAGUCAAGAGCAAAUUAUUCACCAAAUAAAAAAUGACAACGGCCAUCAGCAUACCUCUCCUAACUGGAGUCAACAUAACCAAAGGACCGGUACCUCCAAUAAUUUUAUAUCUGCUCAGCAAGGCUCCCCAAUCAAUGAUAUUAAUCAACAGCAAACAUUUAUUUUCAAUAGUAAUGAAGUCUCAUAUCUAAACUCUCCAGAUUAUAUUUCAAAGUUGACUUACGCUUCUUUAAAUCCUUGGAACUUACAUAAUAUACCCGUAUUACCAAAUUCUUUAUUAGGUUCACUAUCAGAAAAUGAUAUUAAUAAUCAGGAUUUGGUUAACCCGGUAUUGAACAUUGGUAUGACCUUUAGUACAGAAAACUGGAAGUGUGAAGAUCAUUUUACACAACUAGCUAAUUAUCAAUUCUUUGGCAGUGAAAAAAAAUGGUACUUUAUUCCAGAGUCAGAGUUUGAAAGAUUUGAGGAAUUGAUAGAAGAAGUCAACCAGUCUAAUAAAAGCAGGGUCAAUUUGAAUACUGGAGACGAGAAUUGGAAUUAUGAUCAAUUGAUGGAUUUUUUCAAUAGUGAUCCAAAUAUUGGCAAUGUCGAAUAUGAAGCUUUGAUUAAUUCAUUAGAAAAUAUUAUAAACCCUUUCCCUGAAACCAGAGCAGCUCAUUCAAAUCCUCAUUUUCAAGCUUUCAUUGAUCAUAAAAAGCAAAACAAAAAGAUUUCUUUGAAUCAAGAUUUUAUGAUUUCACCUGAUCUAUUGAGGCAGAAGGGAAUUAAGUAUACUUCAACAGUUCAAAAACCAGGUGAAUUAGUCAUCAAGUUUCCCAAAACUUAUAGCUCUACGAUUUCUUUUGGCUUAAAUUUGAGUGAAGAGGUCAACUUUGCUACAAGCUCUUGGCUCGAUUAUGCUUUGGAAGGUGAAGGCUGGCUCGAAAAGCAAUCGGUAUUACCUAACUUUUCCACCUUCAGAUUAUUAACUAAUAUUGCUCAAAUCUAUGAUUCUGGUAAUUCGAACUACAUCCAUUUCAACUCUGAUGUUUAUGAAAAAGUCUUAACACUCUAUACUAAUAUUUAUAGUGAAGAACUACUGUUAAGAAAAAUCGUGAGAGACAAAGUUAUGAAUUUGAAAGAAAUUCUUAUCGAUGAAAAAAGUCAAGGAGAUGUGGAUAUUAUUUCGGAUGAUUCCCUAGCUAAUACCUUUCCUUCCAAAAUUGUUCUCAUUGAUUCUGAUACUCGUCAAAAUUUUAACUUGACUCUCAAAAGUUUUUUGGAAUAUUUAGAAAUCGAGACUUUGGCAAAAGAUAAAGUAAGCUCUUCUCAGAUUCCUCAAAUUAUUGGUAAUCCGUCUAUCAAAAUCGAGCUUCAUAUUUUCUACUCUGAUGAUAAGCUUAAAGGAUUUUAUAAGAUUUUGAGCAAUUAUGCUUCCGAUUACUGUCAAUGGAUGUCUUCUUACGAGGAGCUUAUGAAGUCAAACUCUGAAUUACCUUUAAAAAACUAUAAGCUCUUGCUAACAGAAGGAGAAAAAUUAUAUGCAACAAUUUCUUCAUCAAAUUAUUUAUCUCUACUUGAUUCAUCCUUUGUGGAUGACACCACUAAGACAGCUGAUUCUACCGAUGACAUUUUAAAGUUAAACAUUUUCAAAGGAUAUAUUGAAAAUUUGAGAUCAUUUGUUAAGACUUCCAAUGCAUUUAUUGAAGAAUGUCAAAAUAUUUUGGCAAUAAAACAUCAACAAAGGAUACGAAGCAAUAAUCCCUCAUCUUUUUCAAGUGAUAAUGAGACGAAAGCAAACCCGGAAACAUUGAAUAAAUUAAUAGAGCUUGUCAGUAAAAUUCCACAGUGCAAUUUUACUUGUCCUGAAUUUGAAAAGAUAAUCGAGUUCAAAAAUGAAAUUGAAAAUUUCGAUAGAGCAUGUAAACUACUCAUCGCUAAACUGAAUAAAAACAUAGAUGAAUUUGAUGAUUUGAUUAAUCUUGGUGAGUCCUUUGGAACAUCCUUGCCAAGUUUGAAUUUCAUAACAAGAAUCAGAAAUAUUUUGAAAUGGAAUGAGACUUAUGAAAUCAUAAUAUCUGGUGGUGAUCCGUUUAGCGAUAAAAAGUAUCACUUUACUUUGAGUCAUUUGAAGAGUUUUUUCGAAGAAGGUGUGAAAAAUUUGGGUAAAGAUUCGAUUGAUAAAGUACAAAAAAUUGAGCUACUCAUCAAGAACAGUGUGGAAUUUAUGAAGUCUUGCAGCGAGUUUUUAAAUGGAUUUUGCUAUGCUAAUCUUGUUGAUACAACCAAGCUUCAUUCUUUAAUCAAAGAGAUUGAGCGAAGAGUUCGAGCAGAAGGAAGUAAUCGAUUAUUUGUUGAUUUAGAAACUUAUGAUCGUAUGAUUCACUUGAGCAGUAAUACAGAUUUGAUUACAAAGUUCAAUGAAUUUGAAGACUCUUCCGUCGAAUCUAAGUUUCUUUACCAUGAAUUAAAACAAUUAAAGUCACUGAUCGACGAAUCUGACCUCAAGUUCGACACAUACAAGUUACUGCAUCAUUUAGCACUCACUGAAAAUUUGGUUAACGAUAUCUGGGCCCAAUUUAAGAAUUACCCGAUCAUCACUACUUUUGACAGACUGAAUAUUCCUAAAGAUGUUCACGAUGAAAUCAAUCCUCGAAACUCUUUAAACACUGACUUUAUCAAUUUUUUGCAAAUGAUUUUAUUAAAGAGUGAAUUCAACUUCGCAAUUGAUUCUGAUGUUUACGAAAAGUCUUCGUCUUAUGCUGUUCUUCAGGAGAACUUGAAUAGACAAACUGAAAUCAAACAAGAGCACAUUGUUGAGGCAAACCAUGAAGAGAAAGAACGCUUGCCCAUGAUUUAUUGCUUAUGCCGAGAAUAUGAAUACGGCACUAUGAUUGAAUGCGACCAAUGCAAUGAAUGGUACCACAAUGUAUGCGUUGGAGAACCCGAGGAUGAUCAAAGUGAUCCAAAUGCGUCAGAGGACGAUAGUUAUUCGUGCCCUAUAUGUAAGCUCAUUGAUUCAAACGAAACAAAGGACUCAUUCCUCAAAGGCCAAGCAAGUAUUGAAGAUCUAAUCAAAACCGUUGACCAUAUCAAGACAUUUAAAGUACAUCCUUCGAACGAGCUAACCAAGUUGAAUAAGCUUAUCGAUGAAAUGAAAAGCAAUGAAUCUUUAUUCAAGGAAAUCUUUAAUAAAAUCAAAGGAAGCUCAGUCUCUUUGAAAGAAAAAAUCAAUUGGCUUAAGUUCACCUUGAGAAAACUUUACGGUGCCCCCAUAUUGAUUGAAGAUUUGUUCAUCGCCUUAUUGGCGGACACCAGAGCGUUGUUAAAGCUAGAAAAUGAAUCCCAACUUGGUCCAGAAGAAUCCAAGCCAGUUAUCAAUGGGUCACCAAUUUUUGCAACCAGAAUCGAUAAACCUGAAGCAGAAAGACCCACUCCAAACGAACAACCCAUUCAUGAGUCGGCUCCCACAGCAGAACACUCUAACAAAGUAAUAACCAACCCUACCCCUGGCCUCCCCGAUGCAAACAUGGCCAUUAAACAAGAAUUUAACAACAGUUUCCAAGCAGACAGAAUAAAAAAUGACGAAAUCACACCAGUUUCGAACUCCUAAUUCAUCUACCCAUGUCUUUCUUGGGCAAACUGGCUCUUUCCUUCUCAUAUGUAUUAUUUCCACCUUUUCAACUACAUCAUUAACCUGUAUAAAUAGCAUUAAUAGAUUUGUAUAAAUACUAAUUUUCAG